CACGAACAAAGCAGUAUCCCAUAUUAUUCGUACCGAAAUGCAGGCUGUGGCUCCUCUGACUGCUGUACAGAUUCCGUGUUGCCUUUGUGGCGUGCUUACUGCGCCGAACGCAGCGAAUCAGUGCGCUUCGUGUCUGGCACAGGAAUUUGAUCUGAAAGGCCGCUUGCAGCGGGGUCCAUCGGGGGCACCAUUUGCGACAACUUACCAGUGCCGGGAAUGCCGUCGGUUCCGACGGACUGAAAAGCACCACGAACACGCCGGACCAGAAUCCCCGGAGCUACUAGCGAUUUGCUUAAAAGCAAUUCCGGCGCUCCAAUCGACGGCUGAACCCCGCUUACAUUUGAUCGAUGCUGGUUGGGUAUGGACGGAACCACAUUCCAUGCGGUGGAAGGUACGAUUGACGGUGAGGACCGAAAUUCAGGCCGUGACGGUCCAACAACGUGUAGUCGUUGAACUCCACAAUGCCUUUCGGCAGUGCAAUGAUUGCAAUCGUGAGUUCACCAAUCGUACCUGGCAAGCGCUCGUCCAGCUGCGUCAAAAACGCUCAGACGAUGCGCCCAAGAAGGGACUGACGGCCUUGGAAAUGGCGCUGGCGAAGAAUAAGGAAAUUCGAAAGCAUGUACUCAAGAUCGAUGCCGUACGGAAUGGUUUUGAUUUCUACUUUCUGUCGCUGUCCUACGCCCAAGCGUUCAGCGCUUACCUACAACGAGUUGGUCCGAUGCGCGUCAAGACCAGUAAGAAGCUCGUUUCACAAGAUUUUACGAACAACACAGCGAAUAUGAAGUACACGGUAGUUUGUGAUUUGGUACCAUUUUGCAAAGACGACUUGGUUUUGAUUAAGAAGGGCGCUAAAGGAAAAUUGUCGGGACGCUUAGCACUCGUGACGAAGGUGUCGAGUGUCGUACAUUUGAUGGAUUCAUCUCCGAAACGGGAAGCGUUGCUCGAUAGUCAAAUGGAGCUGUCGCCAGACGCGUAUUACAAACAAGAGAAGCUGUACACAAUUCUACAAGCGUCGAACCGAACUAUCCCAUUUGUGGUUUUAGAUGUUGACUUGUUAGAAAAUAGCGUGGAGAAGUACUGUUUGGCCGAUGUUCAGGUUGCUCGUCAGUCGGAUUUUGGGGUCAAUGAUGAAGUUUUCAAUUGUGUCACGCAUCUAGGCCAUUUGAUCAGACCAGGUGAUGUCGUCAUGGGAUACGAUUUAGUUGCAACGGUGGGUGGUGACUGGGAGGUCGAAGAGUCCCUCCACAACAGUUUUGUACUGCCGGAUGUUGUUUUAGUCAAAAAGAUC